AUGAUCAAAAUGGAAUUGAUUGAUUCAAAGAAAUAUCGCCCGCAAUAUCUUAUAAAAAAUAUUUUUGACAUCAUUCCUUAUAAUAACCGCUAUACUAAGUCAAAUUUGAAACUUGCGAAACUCAUUACUGAUGAUUAUCAUGUAUUGACGGUACCUGGUAUUAAUGAUCUUUCUAAAUACCUAUUUUAUGAAGAAUACGGAAUUAAUUUGGGCAAUACAAAAAAUUUCGAUACAAAUACCCUCCAAAAUCUCAAAAUUCAUUCAGAAGAUACAAUCUUCAGAGCUAUUAUGUAUAAUGAUAUAGAAAGAUUCAUCACAUUCACUGAAAGAGAAGGAUUUGAUAAAGAUCAAAAACUUAAAAGUAGUUUAUAUCCAAAUUUUCAUCACAUUGUAUAUUCAUUACUUGAAUUAUGUUGUUACCAUGGAGCAGUUGAUUGUUUCAAGUUAUUAAGAACGAAAUUCAACUCAGAAAUAACUUAUGACUGUCUAAAAUUUUCAUUUUUAGGAGGAAAACAAGAGAUCAUGAGUGAAUGCUUGAAAUAUCAAAAACCAUAUUGGACAAUGAUGGAAUAUGCAAUUAUUUCACACAACAUUGAUUUUGUCACAUUCUUGAUGAAUGAGUACGGAAUUAAAAUCAAUUUAAAAGAUUGCGGAAAACAUAAAAAUCUUGAGUCAUUUUUAGUUUAUUUCGAUCAAACUAAUAACAUUGACGAAUCUUUUGUCGGCUCAACGAUGUUUGAUAUUCUAUCCUUUUGUAAAUAUUUCCUUACACUUGGUGCAAAUAUCAAUGCAAAAUAUAGUACUGGACAAACCGCUCUUCAUAUAGCAUCAGAAAAUAAUAGUAAAGAAAUAGCCGAACUUCUUCUUUCACACGGUGCAAAUGUCAAUGAAAAAAAUGAAUAUGGACAAACCGCUCUUCAUAAAGCAGCAGAACAUAAUAGUAAAGAGGUAGUUGAACUUCUUCUUUCACACGGCGCAAAUGUCAAUGAAAAAAAUACAUUUGGACAAAUCGCUCUUCAUAAAGCAGCAGAAAAUAAUAGUAAAGAAAUAGCCGAACUUCUUCUUUCACACGGCGCAAAUGUCAAUGAAAAAAAUAUACAUGGACAAACCGCUCUUCAUAAAGCAGCAAAAAAUAAUAGUAAAGAGGUAGUUGAACUUCUUCUUUCACACGGCGCAAAUAUCAAUGAAAAAGAUAAAUAUAAAAAAACCGCUCUUCAUAUUGCAGCAUAUAAAAAUAGUAAAGAAAUAGUCGAACUUCUUCUUUCACAUGGCGCAAAUGUCAAUGAAAAAGAUUAUAAUGGAGAAACUGCUCUUUUUAUUGCAACAGUGGGUAAUAGGAAAGAAAUAGUCGAACUUCUUCUUUUACAUGGUGCAAAUGUCAAUGAAAAAGAUAAAGAUGGUAGAACCGCUCUUUAUGUUGCAACAUGUAUGAGAUAUAGAGAAACAGCUGAGAUCCUCAUCUCACAUGGGGCGAAUAUCAAUGAGAUAUAA